UCCGCACAGUGCGAGGGAGGGUGUGUGAGAGACGAGGAGGGAGGGGGCCGAGAAAGCAGAACACAGCGAGGCUGGCUGCAGACAGAGCAGCAUGGCGGGGCUGAGGGACUUCUAUCAAGGCAGCCACUGCCACAGGAAAACAUGGAUAAAUCUCGUAUUUGGAGUGCUACAGCUGCUUUCGCCCUGCGUUCGCCAAGGAGGGGCUCAGCUACAAGCUCUUGCUCAGAUGUCCAGCGUGGUGGAGGUCUGGCAGGCAGAUGAAGAGCUCUUAGUCUCCACACAGCCUGAAGGAGAGCACAGCCCGGAAGGACUUCCACAGCAAGAGAGCUCUUCAUUUUAUGUGCCAAGUGGGAGAGCCUUGCAUUUCCAGCCAUCUGUUCUGGACUUUGGAACACAGCCUGUGGGGCUGCCAAGAGCUGAAACAAUAUAUGUGCACAACCCUAGCCAGGAACUACCAGUGACAUUGAUAUCAAUGUUUACAUCCAGCAGACAUUUUCACAUGCCUUCAUUCCAGAGAAGGGUGAUCCCUCCCCAGGGCCGGACAUCAUUUAAAGUUAUCUUCCUUCCAUCACAGGAAGGAAAUGUAGAAAAUUCAUUAUUUAUAAACACAUCCUCUCAUGGUGUACUCUCCUACCAGAUAUUUGGAGUUGGAGUCCACCAUGGCACUUUAAAAAACUUUCAGAAGAAAUCUAGUAUGCUAAUAUUUCCACAUAUUCAAAGCAUCAAAUUAACACAGACUCAGGAAGAUGCAGCAAAUAUUAGUAUCUUGGGAUUACGGUUGGAAUGUAGUUUGCCCAACAAGAGCUACAAAUAUCCUCAGGGGUUCUAUUUUAUGACAGACGAGAAGCUCGUAAUGCAUAUCAGCCUGUCUGAGAGAGGAGAAAAACGUGCAGAUCUAGAAAAAUUGAAGCAGUAUAUACUGGAGAACAUAAUGGUUGUAUUUAUAUUUUCAGAAGAAAAUGGUUUGUGGGAGCCCUUAAUUAACAUUUUUAUUUUGAAUUCUGGAGUCAAGCAUUUAUAUGUAAAGGAAAUGCAGCUUCUUUCCAGAAUGGAAAAUAAGCUAAAAUUUCAGCAAGUUCAGCUGGGAGCGUCUGCAACAAAUUUUACACAUGUUGCUUCGCUAAUUUGCAGUGGAACUUUACCUACUCACGAGAGAAAAUGCACUGGUCAAAUCAGCUUGCAAAUCUUAGGCAGCUACACAUUAAAAUCAUAUCCUGCAUUUGACAUAACAAAUGGGAGGUCUGGUUAUGAUCUUCCCACUUUAUUUCACAUGAAACAAAAACAGAAUGGCGGAGACUAUGUGGAUGUAUGGUUAACCAAUGGUUUUGACUUCCGCUUUUCUGUUGUUGAUGUCACUAUGCACCAAGAGAUGGAGAGCUUGUUAAAGAUUGUGAACUUCAGUGGCCCAGUGUCGGUGCCUCCUGGGUGCUGGAAAGUGUUCUCUAUGAAGUUUGUUAAUAUGAAAAUCCCUAUGAAUGUGAUAACUGGUCUGGUUGUAGUUACCAGCCUUGGGUUCUCUCUACAGAUUCCAUUGCAGAUUCGCUCUAGUGUUUCAAAGCAGGGGGACCUUGUUUUUGAAGCCAAUGGAGAGUGUGGUAACCCUUGUCAACUGGGAUUGUCUAAAGCAGGCCGGCUUCAGUGGCCAGGCAGUCUGCUCCUGGACUCUUCCACUUGGAGGGUGGAUAACAGUUUAGCCAAAGAGAUCUGCACACAGUGGCAGAGCCAGAAGGACCACCUAACCUGCAGAUGGCCUCGACUACCUAUGGAAACAAGCUACCCAUUUGACUUUGGUGCGACUCCAGUUAAUGAGAGUAAGGUGAAGUACUUUGCACUGAAGAACCCCUCAGCCUCUCCUGUGACCAUUCAGCUCCUUGCCUUGUCCUCAUAUCCUGCUCCUUUGGAAGCUCUCGAUUUGUUGACAAAGUGGUUCAAGAUAAACCCACUGUCUGUCAACGUGACCACAGGAGAGUUUACGCUAGUGACUGAAGACCAUCAGGACACUAGGAAGACCAAAGUCAAGAAAGGAGCUCGAAAAUUGCUGCUACAUCUUCAGCCAUGGGAAGAGAAAGAGAUUGGUGUAGUAUUUACACCUGUAGAGCACAAAUCUGUGACUUCAGUCAUACUGAUCAGGAACAACCUGACAGUCUUCGACAUGGUGAUGGUGAAGGGCCAUGGCGCCAAAGAGCUGCUGCGGGUGGGAGGAAAGCUCCCGGGAGCUGGAGCCUCCCUGCGCUUCAACGUGCCGCAGUCCACGCUGAUGGAGUGCAGAGAUGGGCUCAAAACCAACAAGCCUCUGUUUGCAAUUCGCAAGAGCUUUAAAGUGGAAAACGCUGGAGAGCUGCCUUUGACCGUAAUGUCCAUGAACAUCAAUGGAUACAAGUGCCAGGGUUUUGGAUUCGAGGUGCUGGAGUGUCGAUCAUUUCAACUUGAUUAUAACUCUUCUUCUGAAAUCAACAUUGCUUUUACUCCUGAUUUUACCUCCUCCUGGGUGAUCAGGGACCUGACUAUAGUGACAGCUCGAGGCUCAACUUUCCCCUUCACUCUCAAUGUCACCUUGCCCCAUCACAUGCUGCCCCUGUGUGCCCAGGUAGUGCCCGGGCCCAGCUGGGAGGAGACCUUCUGGGUAGUCACCAUCAUUUUCACAUGUUUCUCUCUGGGUGGUGUGUGUUUGAUGGCCUUCUAUCAAGCCCAGUAUAUUCUUUCUGAAUUUACAUCGCCGGGAUCAAGGCAGAACCACAACUCUAUAAUAGCUCGAGACACCAGCCCUGUUGAUACAAUCAGCCCCAAUUCAAUGAGCAAAGUGAAAGGUAGCUGUAAGACAUUUGUGGAUUCUUGCAAUACAUCAGACAAGAGCAAAGGAAAAGGGUCUCUUGCUGUUGCCAAUGGUCCCAUUCGAAGCCAGUAUUCAUCUAAGAAAAACUCUGGAGCUCCUGCUCAGCCACAGAAGAAACAUAAAGUCUCUGUUUAUUAUACUAAAUACAAAGUAAGCUCUGCAGCUUCCAUUACAACACCUACUAACACCACAGAAGAUGACUUUCAGGCAGCAAAAGAACCAGACAGUUCAGAGCAUUGCACUGACCAGGACUCCAGUGCUUGUAAUAACACACCAGAGGUCCCGGCCCUGUCUGAGAGUAAAACACACUUGAAAGAACCUUCUCCGAAUUUCAAAGAAGAUAAGGAAGUGGCACCAGUUAUGUUUCCCAUGGAAAUGCACUCAAGCCUCUCAGAGAACACUAUUCUGACUCCAGGCAGUGGACCAGGCCUGUGUGUAUGCAGCCCGGCUGAGAAGUCAUGUAAUGAUAGCACCUCCACAGCACAGCAGUGUGGCCCCUUCUCACAGUUUACAGAGAAAAGGGGUUGUGACAAAAAGGACACCCCAUCUUCAGAGCUAAAAGAAGACAGUAAUUCAAAGAAAAAGCACAUUGACAAAACAGAACUGGGCAACACUGCUGUUAAUGGCAAAGCAAGAAGGAACACAGGCAGGAACAGAAAAAAGGCCACGGAGGGUGUAACUGGAGUUCCUGAGCACAGUGUGCCUCUGCUGGGAGAAAAGAAUAGGGAUAUUGAAUGGAGAGAAAAUAGGAACCCCAAUCGAUCACGAAACCGCUACAGUAAUGGAAAGCAGGACGGUGCUAAACCAGGACCUGUACCAGAGAGCCCUGUAAAACAGAUGCAGAAUGGCGUGUGCUGGGCGAACCCAAGGCGGAAGUGCCAGGAGCGCAGGCUGCUGUGGGAGUCUGGCUCGGAUUCGGGCAGCUCUUCUGGCAGCGUGAGAGCCAGCCGGGGCAGCUGGGGCAGCUGGAGCAGCGCCAGCAGUCUGGAGGGAGAAAAGGACCACAAUGGCGCCAAAGUGCACUGCCCUGCCUCAACCAAGAAAAUGGACCUUCAGCCCAGUGUUUAUAUGGCAGAAAGAGAUUGUUGCCAGACACUCAAUUCCAAUUUCCGGACAGAGAGGUAUGAAGACGUGCAUAAUCUGUAUCCGAAGGAGCUGUGCCAAACCCCUGACUCUCUUCUAGCUCCCAACUUUAACCCUACCUUUGCUGAUGUUGCAGCUGGAGUAGAAAGGAAUAUGGGGAUGUCAAGUCCUUAUUCAGCAGAAGAAAUGUGGUCAGCACCCUCGAUUCCUUUAACCAACGAGUUUAGAUACAAUGCCACAGAAAGCCUGUCAUGCAUACCUCAUGGAUCUUCUCAUGGUUUUUACAAUGGCUUUCUGUGGAGUAACGCUAAUACCCAGUGUACCUUCCCAUACCCUUACUGUGAACAGAAUAACUACUGUUCUGUGCUAGAAGGAAAUGCAAAUUUGCAGAAUGCCUUCCCAUGCCAAGAGAGACCCACCAUGCCCUACUCCCCUCAACACAGCUGGGCUGAAGAUAAUAUCCAGGAUGCCACCUCUGCCUGGGACACCACUGGCUGUGUUGGCAGCAAGCCAUACUUCUCAGGCACCAGGAGUCUGUCCCCUAUGUCUAGUCUGUUUGGCUCCAUAUGGACUCCGCAGAGUGAACCUUACCAAAGCCACUUCCAACUGGAGAGAGCAGUGCCUCAGUGUCCACAGUCACAUUUUGUCAAAGAGCAAACCGGGACCUGCAGACCAAAGCAGUAUUCCAGUUUCGAUCCCUUUGGGGCCCACAUGAACCUGGACAUUUGGAACUCCUCAACUAGUCGAAGUCCAAACUCGCUGCUCUCUAAUGACUCUGGAUACUGCGGUGACAUCUAAAUAGAGUGGUUUUAUUGUUGAAAUAAGAAAUGUGAAUAUACUUUUAUUUUUUUUUUCAGAAUUCAAUGUUGUGCAAAGUUAAGCUUUUGUUGUAUAUUUUUCUAGAUGUUUUGCAGAUUUGAACAUAGAAAAUAAAAAAAAAGUUUUGUACUUGUAA